GACAUGGAAUGUGGAACUUUCUGAUGUAUCUUACGACCCUCUGGCUAUGAAAAGUAGGGGAUGGGAAGGGGUAGGGGCUGGGAACCAUUCGGCAACACGGAGAUAGCGAGCUGUUGGGCCGUAAUUAUAGUAGGCCAUGAUAGAACUCUAAAGUUUCAGAACACCUACUGUCAGACUUAGAAUAAGUGUCCAUCUUUCUUUUAAAACAAACGUGACAGGUCUGACUUAAACAGUUUUUUAGUUAUUGAUUUAUGAAUACGAAAAGCAGCCUGUGGGAUGAGAAAUUAUAUUAGAAAAACCGCUCGUGUUCAGAAUGUUUCACGUGAAAAUGUUUCGAAAGCCAUAGAUAUGGUUAGGAAUCACAAUUGGGGAGUUGUUGAUGCUGCUAGAGAGUUUAAAUUGAGUGAAAGGAGUCUUUUUCGAUACCUCAAGGUCUCUGCCAACAAACAGGUUGAUGUUGACGAAGAUUCACUUCCCUUAACAUGUGGCUAUUCUUCAAGAAAGAUCUUCACUGCAGACCAAGAGAAAGAACUUGUAGCCUACAUCACCAAGGCAAGCGAUAUCUACUUUGGACUAAGUCCCAUGGAAGUAAGGAAAUUAGCUUUCAGCUACGCUACUUUUCUUGAGUGUAAAAUGCCCAAGUCAUGGGAAUCUACUUCUGCUGCUGGAAAAGACUGGUUUGGAAGUUUCAUCAAGAGGAACCCAUCUUUAUCUAUAAGGAAACCAGAAGCCACAUCCCUAGCACGAGCCAGCAGCUUCAACCAGUACAAUGUUGACUGCUUUUUUAACAACCUUGACAUUGUAUUGGCUAAAUACAAAUUAACUCCACUGGAAAUUUGGAACGUAGAUGAAACUGGAAUCACAACUGUUCAAGUUCCAGAUAGAAUUGUUGGCAGGCGAGGCAAAAAACAGAUUGGAUCCCUUACAUCGCAGGAACGAGGCACAUUAGUAACUCUAUGCAUGGCCGUCAGUGCUGUUGGGAAUAGUGUUCCGCCAUUCUUCGUGUUUCCAAGAGUGCAUAUGAAGGAUGAUUUUCUGGUGAAUGCCUCAUUAGGGUCCUGCGGCUCAGCAAACAAGUCCGGAUGGAUGACUGAAAAAGAUUUUGUGUUGUAUUUACAACACUUCGUAAAACAUGCUCGUCCAUCUCUAGAAAAGCCGGUUUUACUUUUGCUGGACAACCAUGGGUCGCAUUUGUCUGUGGAAGGGCUAAAUUACGCCAAGGCGAAUGGCAUUAUAAUGCUUUCCUUCCCCCCGCAAACUUCUCAUAGACUUCAACCAUUGGAUUUAUCAGUGUAUGGGCCACUGAAACAUUAUGUCAACGGAGCAAUAGGGGCCUGGCUCAAGAAUCAUCCCGGCCAAACAAUGACAUUCCGUCACAUUCCUGGAAUUGUAAAGGAGGCUCUGCCAAGUGCUAUCACACCACGAAACAUUAUGGCUGGAUUCCAAAAAGCCGGUGUGGCCCCUUACAACCGAAAUAUCUUCACUGAAGAUGACUUUGCUCCGUCAAUGGUGACAGACCGGACAGAUCGACCAAACCAAAACCAUGUGACUUCUAUUGCGAUUGAAACGGCAACAACAACGAACGAAGUUGAAGAUGUGCCUCCUAUUGAGAUUGAAACGGAAACAACAACAACAAACGAAAUUGAAGAUGUGCCUCCUACUGAGAUUGAAUUUAUCAAUUUGACCGCAAUUGAAGAGAUACCGGAAGAUCAAUUAAUAAAUGCCGAUCUGGUUCAGCCAGGAUCAUCUUUUCCUUCUACAUCAUCAUCAUCAUCUAUAUCAUCACAUUUUUCUGCGGACGGAUCUCAUACAACAAAACAACAACAAAACGACAAACUCAACGAUUCUCAUCCAAUAAAAGAGGAAAAUCUGAUGACUGAUUAUUACGAUUGUUAUUGCAAUCCGUCGUUCCAUACAUGCCAAACUGCUUCGUCCAUCAUUGGCGAUAACGCAUUGAAGUCUUAUUCAAGCGAGAUUCUAAGAAAAGAAGGCGUAGUCGCAAUGCAAGCUCCUUAUGUCAAUUUAGACACAAGAAAUUCUCCACAAAAGGACAGUUUGAAAAGUCGUUAUCGAUGUGAUCGUCGUAGUAGCCCUAUGAUGAAUGUGAAAAAUGUCCCUAAAUCCGAUAUUGAAUGCCAAUUGAAACAAUACGAAUAUGCAGAUAGUGAAUUUCAAACCUCAAAAACUUCAUUGUCUGCAGUGGAAGUUGAAGCAACAAGGCUUAUAUUAACCAAUGACGAAUGUGGUAUUCCUCAGAACUUGACCAGUCGAAAGUGUGAAUUACAAUUUAACGGUAACACUCAAACCUUGUCCUACGAACGUGAUCUACUUUCUGAAAACAAGCCACUGAAUUCAUCAACCUCCUCAUUACCUUCCUUCAUAGAGAGUGAUAAGGAAGUUUCUACUCCAUGUGUUUCUCUUGAAUGCACAACAGCGCCUAGUUCUGAUUCUAUUGUUGCACCAUUUAUUUCUCGUUGUUCAAGCAUGACUAAAAUUCCUCUUCGCAUAUCUACUCGACAAAAAACUCGGCCUCAUAGAUACCGAGAUACCGAUGACGAUUUGAAUAUGAGACAUGCAAGAAUGGCAAAAGCGGGAUCCAGCUCAACCAAACUUAGAAAACCAUUGAUCAAUGCAGUCAGAUCUGUUAAUUUGGAGCCCGUCGUUGAAUGUGAAAGUUCGGAAAGUUAUCAGUAUGUCGAUGACGUAGACGGUAUCCUUAUUUUUUCAUUUGUUAACUCUGAGGAUCUUGUCAAGUUUUGUGCUGAUCAGCUAUAAGAUACCCUCGAAUUUCAGUUUACAUCGACAUAGCUGCCUACAAUAUGCAACUGUUUUUCUUGUUGAAUUAAUCAGAUAGUACCGAACCACGUGGUUUUCUACUUGAACAGCGAUUAACCAGAAAUAUUUUAUUGUUUGUUUUUUUUUGUUUAUUUUACAUUAUUUUUUUUUCUCUUUCUACUUUUUGUUUAGUAUAGCAAUUAACAAUGGUCAUUUUGCAUUUACGGAGUUAUGGUUUUGCACUACAUAUUCAUUGUUUCAACUUAGAAUUGUUAAUUCAUUGGAUUAAAAUUUCGGGAGUGCUGACUUGAUCAUUCUAAAUUAAGACUAAUAAUGCCUGAAACUGGACGAUUCAAACCAGUCAAUAAUAUCAAUACAAAACUCUAUUUUUUCA